UUAAUGCGCACUGCGAAAAAUCUCAUUGGCUAGAGGACUUCUUUAUAUUUAAGUUUCGCGGCAAGCCCUCUUUCUUUUCCUCUCUCUUUCUCUCUCUGUGCGCGUAAACCCUGCCACUUCUCUUUCCUGUUCUUCUCGUGCUUCAGUGGGAAUCGGAUAAACCCUACACGCGAUACUGAAAAGAUCAAUGGCACCUACUAGGAAAUCUAGAAGUGUGAAUAAGCGGAUUUCAAGUUCAAAUGAUAUUUCUCCUGAGAAAGAUGGUGUUAAUUCAGGUGUUAAUUCAAGUAAAAGCAAACAACGGAAGAAAAAGUUGACUGAUAAAUUGGGAUCUCAAUGGAGCAAGGAGGAAUUAGAGCGAUUUUAUGAAGCAUAUAGGAAGUACGGGAAAGACUGGAAGAAGGUGGCUGCUGUUGUACGUAAUAGAUCCACUGAAAUGGUAGAAGCUCUUUACAGCAUGAAUCGGGCAUACCUGUCUCUGCCAGAGGGUACAGCUUCCGUUGUUGGCCUCAUAGCAAUGAUGACUGAUCACUACAAUGUGCUGGAAGGAACUGAUAGUGAAAGGGAGAGCAAUGAUGCCUCAGGAUCUCGAAAACCUGUGAAAAGAAAGCGUGAAAAGGUUCGGUUUUGUGUCUCUAAAGAUCCUGUUCAGUCUCAGUCUAUUCCUUCCAGUGAUGGAUGCCUCUCUCUAUUGAAGAGGAGACGCGUUGAUGGGAUCCAGCCUCGUGUUGUUGGGAAAAGGACGCCUCGUGUCCCAGUUUGCUACUCUUAUAAGAGAGAUGAUACAGAAAAUUAUGCUUCACCUAAUAAAAAAAUCCUGAAGUCUGCUGUUGAUGCAAAUGAUGAUGAAGUUGCUCAUGUUGUAGCUUUGGCGUUAACUGAGGCUGCACAAAGAGGGGGCUCUCCCCAGGUUUCUCAAACACCAUAUAGAAGAAUAGAGCAAAAGUCCUCCUCUCCCAUCCGGAGUUGGGAAAGAAAGCAUCAAAUGUCAAAGACAGCUCGUGUCAAGGUUCGUGAUGUUUCUGCAGAUGAAGAGUUCUUGGAAGGCAGUAUAGAAAGCCAGGGAGCUGAAAAUGGGGAAUAUGCAAGAGAUAAUAGUUCCUUGUUGGAUAUGGAAGGCAUAGGCACUGUUAAAGUUCUUCAGAAGGGGGGGAAAUUUUACAGAAAGAAAGAGAGAGUGGAAAAUGUUGGAAAUCAUCAGCUUGAUGAUGGUGGAGAAGCAUGUAGCGGCACUGAAGAAGGAUUUAGUUUUAGUUCAUUGAAGGAAAAGGAUUAUAUUGAGGUUACUAAUGAAAAACUUGAAAAGUUUUCUAAAAGAAAUCAGAGGAAUAGAAACAAGAAACUUUUCUUUGGAGAUGAAACACUUGCCUUGAAUGCUUUGCAAACUUUGGCAGAUCUAUCUCUAAUGAUGCCAACAUCUACAAUAGAAUCUGAAUCGUCCAUCCAGUUGAAGCGAGAAAGAAUGACUACUGAUAAAGAUGAUAAGUUUGCUUUACCUGAAGCAACAUCAACAAGCCAUAAGAGACAUAAACUUAAACACACUGUGGUCCCUGAAAUUGAGCUUUCAACCUUCAAAAAAUCUAAGCUAGGAAAGGAAUUGGCAAAGGAUACUAAUGCUCUCUCUGAAUCAAAAGAGCAGCUUCCUUUUGCUGAUGCAACAUGGAAAAGAAAGCGAAAGUCUAUGGUUUCAAAGGUUGCAAAUGCAAAGCUCAAUUCUUAUCCAAGUGGUCCCUUGAAAAAUGAGGCUGUAGAUGAUGAGAACAAACCAAUAAUUAAAGGAAAACACAUUGAUCAGGUUUUUACCCUACCAAAGCAAUUGAAGAUAGUCAGAUCAUCAGAGAGUUCCUUGUGUAGUGAUCAGCAAAAUUUGACAGUAUCAACUGCUGAAGUUCCACUUAUAAGUGGAGUUAGUUUACCAACUAAAAGAAGUAGACGCAAGAUGAUUUUACAGAGAGCAUUCAUGCCUAAAGAGACAUCUUCUGACAACAUAUUGAAAAGUCAACCUGAUAAGUACUCUACCCUCAAGGAAAAGCUUUCUAGUUGCUUGUCAUCUUGUAUGGUUGGCAGAUGGUUUAUUUUUGAAUGGUUUUAUAGUGCAAUUGAUUAUCCAUGGUUUGCCAAAAGGGAAUUCAUGGAGUACUUAAAUCAUGUCGGACUAGGGAAUAUCCCAAGGUUAACUCGUGUUGAGUGGAGUGUCAUAAAAAGUUCCCUUGGCAAACCCCGCAGGUUUUCUGAACACUUUCUACGUGAAGAAAGACUAAAACUUGAGCAGUAUCGGGAAUCAGUGAGGAAACAUUACACUGAACUGCAAACUGGUAUCAGGGAUGGACUUCCAACAGAUUUGGCUAGACCAUUAUAUGUUGGACAACGAGUAAUUGCUCUUCACCCCAAAACAAGAGAGAUUCACGAUGGUAGUGUGCUUACUGUUGACUAUGACAAGUGCAGGAUUCAGUUUGACUGUCCUGAAUUAGGUGUUGAAUUUGUAAUGGACAUUGAUUGCAUGCCGUUGAAUCCACUAGAUAAUAUGCCAGAAGCUCUGAGGAGGCAGAUUGGUGCCAGAAAAGCCUCUCUAUUGACUAAAGAGCCACAGAUUAAUGGAAAAUCGUGUUUUGGAGGGUGCGAAACAUGUACUUCACCAGUGAAGGUACACACCUCUUCAAGUGCUUUAGUAAAGCAAGGAAAGGCAAAGGUUGCUGCCAUUGAUAACCUCUGUGCACAGGCAGGAUACACCCAACUGUGUAAAGUGACGCACCAUCAAGCUAAGGAAGCUGAUAUACAUGCACUUUCUGAACUAAAGCGUGCUCUGGAUAAAAAGGAUACGUUGUUAAUGGAGCUUCAAAAAGCACACAGUGACAUAUUGGAAAACCAAAAUGGCAUACAAUGCUUCAAAGAUUCUGAGUCUUUCAAGAAGUAUUAUGCCACGGUACUUGUAGAGCUAAAGGAAGCCAGUGGACAGGUUUCUGAUACUAUGCUUCAACUGAGGCAACGCAAUACUUGCACAGGAAACUCUCUGCCGCCAUGGAUGAACCCCCAAGCAAGUUUCAAUGUUCACGGUGACCUUUCCAGUAUGUUGGAUAGUUCCGUAAUGCUAGAGUCAGGGUCAACUGUUGUAGAGAUUAUUAAAGGAUCCAGGUUAAGAGCAAAUGCAAUGGUGGAUGCUGCAUUUCAGGCUUUGUCUUUGACAAAGGAAGAUGAAGAUGCUUUCAUGAAGAUUGGACAGGCAUUGGAUUCUAUGAAUCAUCAGCAGUUGGCCUCCAAGUCUCAGCUACCCAUGAUCAGGUCCCAAGAGCAAGUGAAUGGCGGGUUUUAUCAUCAUAAUCAUUCAACAUCCUGUAUAACAGAGCAUUUACUUAAUGAUGUGUGUGGUCCAAAGCUACAAAAUGCUUCUGACAAAGUUGAUGCUGAAAUUCCAUCAGAGCUCAUCACUUCAUGUGUUGCUACAUUAAUCAUGAUACAGACUUGUACUGAACGGCAAUACCCUCCAGCUGAUGUGGCUCAGAUAUUAGAUUCAGCCGUUACCAGCCUGCAGCCGUGUUGUCCUCGAAACCUUCGUAUUUAUAGAGAAAUUCAAAUGUGCAUGGGAAGAAUUAAGACCCAGAUUUUAGCUCUCAUCCCUGCUUGACUUGUACCCUUUCUCCCUGAUCUCUUGUGUAGCUGUACAUAUGAUGCUGAACUAUUUGUUCAGAUCACAUAAAAGCUCCUCGCCCACUUUGUAAUUUUUUUCUUUUCGAUUUGGGGGGGGGGGGGGGUGUAUAAUAACGGUGGUAUUAGAAAUCAUGUAAUUCACCACCGUGUCUUUUUAAUUGUGUCAAAUGGUGG